GCUGGACGCUUGCAGGCAGUAGGCGCAAAAACCAGACCGCUGUAUCUCGUCGCUGCGCUGCGCGUCUCCACACGGAGUUAUUAACGGGAAACAACGCAGCGAGGACUGUGGGAUUUAUACACAUGUAGGGUUUUUUAAAAUGCAGUUUAAUUUAACUGAUUCUUGAUUACGCGCAGAUCUCGCAAUGAUUUACUGCAGAUUUCUGGAUAUUUUAACCCGCUGAAUGGCUCAGAGUUGGAUACUAUAGCACUCCAAAACGCACGGACUACACGCGCUCCACUCCUGCUGGACUAUAAACACGCGCUGCGGUUUCCAGGGCGACCUAACCUAACUUUGUGUGUUUGAGGAGGAUACAAACUGUGCCAACAUUUACACAGGGCAGCCGCUCAGCGCUCGCGGUGACCAUGCCCGGAAUGAUGGUGUCGCUCUGCGGGGCAGCCUUGCUCGUCUUGUCCGGGCUGGUCGUGGUGCAGGCUUUCGGCGACGAGGUGGAGGAAAUGACCUGCGACCCGAUCCGGAUCAGCAUGUGCCAGGGUCUCGGUUACAACGUCACCAAGAUGCCCAAUCUGGUCGGCAACGUGCUGCAGUCGGACGCCGAGUUGCAGCUGACCACGUUCACGCCGCUCAUACAGUACGGCUGCUCCAGUCAACUCAAGUUCUUCCUGUGCUCAGUCUACGUGCCAAUGUGCACGGACAAGGUUCCCAUCCCCAUUGGUCCGUGUGGCAGCAUGUGUCAGUCUGUCAAGAGAAAAUGCCUACCGGUGCUCCACGAGUUUGGCUUCAUGUGGCCUGAGGUGCUUAACUGCAGCCUCUUCCCACCACAAAACGACCACAACCACAUGUGCAUGGAGGGCCCCGGGGACGAGGACCCGUCGCCCUACCAGCCUGUCCGCCAUCCUCCCCACCAGGAGGAGUGCCAGGCCCUGGGGUCUGCCCCUGACCAGUACACGUGGUUAAAACAGACAGAGAGUUGUACUCUGCAGUGCGGCUACGACAGCGGACUCUACAGACGAGGCGCUAAAGUCUUCACAGACGCGUGGAUGGCGGUGUGGGCCGUGCUGUGCUUCCUGUCGACCACUCUGACGGUCCUGACCUUUCUGUUGGACUCGCAGCGCUUCUCCUACCCUGAAAGGCCCAUCAUCUUCCUGUCUAUGUGCUGUAACCUGUACAGCGUUGCCUACCUGGUACGUUUAACCCUUGGGCGGGAGCGUGUUUCCUGCGACCUGGACGCCACCGCAGUGCCAAUUCUAGUACAAGAAGGGUUAAAGAGCACCGGCUGUGCCAUCGUCUUCCUCCUGCUCUACUUCUUUGGCAUGGCUUCCUCACUCUGGUGGGUGAUCCUCACCCUCACUUGGUUCUUGGCUGCUGGACUGAAGUGGGGCCAUGAGGCGAUUGAAAUGCACAGCUCCUACUUCCACAUAGCAGCCUGGGCCAUCCCGGCCGUUAAAACCAUCGUCAUCCUCAUAAUGCGGCUGGUGGAUGCAGACGACCUGACGGGGCUCUGCUACGUUGGCAACCAGCAGCAGGAGGCUCUCACAGGCUUUGUGGUGGCACCGCUGGCCACAUACCUUUUAAUAGGAACUCUGUUCAUCUGUGCUGGCCUCGUGGCUCUUUUCAAGAUCCGCUCCAAUCUACAGAAGGACGGCGCCAAAACAGACAAGCUGGAGCGUUUAAUGGUGAAGAUCGGAGUGUUUUCUGUUCUCUACACCGUCCCGGCGUCCACCGUCAUUGGCUGUUACCUCUACCAGCUCUCUCACUGGGGGGAGUUCAGAGCCAGCACACGGGACUCAUACGUGGCAUCAGAGAUGCUUCGAAUCUUUAUGUCACUGCUCGUAGGCAUCACGUCAGGCAUGUGGAUCUGGUCAGCAAAAACCCUCCACACCUGGCAGCGCUGCUCUGCCCGCCUGCUCAGGGACAGCAGGGCGAGCCGAGGGGGCAAGAGGGCACCAGGCGAGGGCUGGAUCAAACCAGGGAAAGGCAACGAGACAGUGGUGUGAGGAGAGAGCGCGGGAACUGACAGGAAUGGAUUUCUACCUGCUUCUCUGUCACUUACAGAAACUCACUCUGCCGAAGGAAAGACGGAGAGGACAGAGAACAGAGAUGAGAGGGAGUAAGAGUUUCUCAAGGAAGCCACUGGAUGUAAUGGCACCAUAGAAGCUUGCUGAGAGUCUGCAAGCAUGCCUCACCCCCUCUAACUGCCACUAACAGGGACUAAGGAGGAGAAAAGUGGAGGACUGGGUCGUACAUAAGUAGCAAGUAGCCUCUCUACCUCUGUUAGACUUCCUUUGCCCAGAGAGAAAGAAAGCAAACAAAUGAAGGAGAAAGAGAGAUGGAAAAGGCAGAGCAAAGGCACCACUAUGCAGACCAGAUACACCAAUAAGCUGUGUAGCACCACGUCUACCUCUCUGCCUCUCUCUUCUCCAGAGCCCUCAGCAGAAAAGACCUGCUGGAUACAGUUACCUUCAUACCGUUGUGUCUUUUAAGGGACUUUAGAAAAUUAGAAUUUUACACUGGAGGGUCCUGGUGCAGACAUUUUACAGAUGUAGGUUGAGGUUUCCCAAAAGCAGCUGAGUAUCUGUGGUUUUUUUAAUGUCCAAACAAGAAAUUUUAAUGAGAUACCAGACCAAAAGUUAUGAAAACCUUUAGUAAACAUAUACAAUAUGGCCUUAAAUACAACUUUUUGUAAGUUAUUACUUUUUGUACAAUAUAAAAGAGCAGAUUUUUGGGGGAAACCAGCUCUAAGCUGUUAUAAUGCACUAUAUUUCUAUACAAUAUGUGAAGUGCAUUACCAGGGACAGCAGUGGUGUAAUAAAUCAUCACACAGUAUAUUAAUAUGCAGGUUGGUCAGUUUGCAUUGUGAACGCUGCAAAAAUAAAUAAAUAAUGCAGUUAAAUUCACAAUCACAUUUCCUACAAAUAUUGUGAAGAGCAGCCAGAGAAACAUGAAGAGAGAUUUUUUUUUAAUGUUUCUUGUACAUUAAAGUCAAGUCUGUGGAAGCUAAACUCACACCGCAAAGAAUCCUGGGAGUUCCCCAGAUGUGCCUUUUAUUGACCCGUAAAUGUGGAAUCGGUAAGGCGCCUGGGAAAUGUAGGCCUGUGAUUUUUACCUCAGUAGACUAUGAGAAGCUCAGCUAACUUCCAAUGAUGUGUGCAGUCUUUGUGGAAACCCUGUACUGUAAAGGCUCUUGAGUUACCAGGAAAUUAAAUUAUUCCCUCUGCCCUCUUUCCC